AUGUGUAGACCCGCAACCCACGGUGCUCUUCGUAAAUUAUUUAAUGAUAAUGGAAUAAUUGCUCACAUAAUUCAAGUUUCUGAAGGAGAUGGAGGAUUAGAUUUAUUACUUUCGUACCAAGGUAAUCAAAUCUGUGUACAGUCUAAAGAUAGAGAAAACGCUCUUAUAUUAUCUAUGGUCAAAGACUUUGAAGCUACGAUGAUUCAUUUUAAAAGUUCAUUAAGAAUUUUGGUUUAUAAUAGUGAGACGAUGAAAACAGAAAAAUAUUUGACCAAACAAGCUAAACUUUGGUCAGACAAUUCAACUCAAGAAUUAAUUGUUUGUAACAAAAAACAAGUUGUUGAGAAAAUUAAGAAUUUUUUCAAAAAUGAAAAAGAUUCGAUAAAAGAAUUGAUUUUAACUAAUUUUAAAGCGGAUAAAUUUUCUUUAAUGGAAAUUAUUUCUGAAAAUGUAAAAGUUGAUGCGAUCGAACCACUUAACUUCUAUAAGUUUGUUUUUGUGACUGUUCCAAUCAAAAUGUCUAUUGAAUGGCAGCAAAAGAGAGCUCGUUUAGGUGAAUUGGUCGAUAGAGAGUAUUUGGAAACGCUUAAUACUUAUUAUCUUGAAGAUAUUGAUUCAGUAUAUCCAGGGAAUUUAAAAUUUGAAAAUAUUAUUAAUCUCUGCGAUGAUUGUUCACAAUGUCACAAUUGUGAUAGGUUCUACUAUGAUUUCUUUACCACUCUUUUAUAG